GUAGCAAAUUUCCAGAGCGCUCACAAAUACCGGGCCAGUAAUUAAAGAGACGCGGUUCGCCGCUUACGGCAGCGUUUGGGGCGGAUGUCCGGCGCAGUGCGGCAACACCAGUUUAUGCUCGGUGACAAAGCCGGGCAAUGCGGCGAUGCACAGAGAAAAUGGGAGUUUGGCAGCCCCCGCGAAGGUGCCACAGCCGGCAAAGGGGGUUCCCGUGCGACGGAGGGGGCUGCGAGCCUGGCUGUGGCCUCUCAGAGCGCAGCCGCUGCGGGGAGGGAUGGAAUUCGGCUGGUGCCUGCUGGAUCAGGAGAUCAGAGAUCCCUUGGGCAGCGCAGAGCCAGGUCCAGCGGACCAGGAGGGGUGUCGUUUAAAAGGGAGCCUGCAGAUAACCCAGACAGGAGAGCUGGGUUGGGGACGGGCUGUGUCGUGCGCUAGAGAACACGGUGAGGGACCGCAGUGCCCCGGGGGGCGGGAGCCAGGAAUCGCCCAUGAGCACCUCUGAGCAUCCCCGGGGGCUGGGCUGCGACGUGGAAGCUGGCGCUGGCCGUUCCCCUGGGGACAGGAGGGCUCCCGGUGAGCGGACGUCCAGCCUGGACUCUGCCGGGACAGCCGAGUCCUGGGGGGGCCGGGGGACCCUUUGUUGCGGGGAAAGCUGUCAGCAUCAGCGAGACGAGGCCUAGAUGAGGCUGUCCCCUCGGCACCGUCACCUGGGGGGCAAGCCCGGAGCAAAGGCGGGGGCUGCAGACGUUGCCCCUCUCUUUGGGCACGGGAGCAGAGAUGGUCCGUCGCUAAACCUCAGGCUGGCAGUCGCCCUCCCGUGCGCCGCGCGCCGAGCAGUGGCCGGGUGGCUUCCUGGGGCUCCGCACCGCGUCCUCGGCUCCGCUUCUCCCCAGCGGGACCGUGCUGCCCCAGCUCUGCCCAGGGAAUGCGCUGCUGCACCCCCAUCGUCACCACGUCACGGAGCAGGAGCCCGGCUGCGGUCCCCGAGGUGCUCGUGGGCACAUUGACAUGCAAGGAGGUGCCAAUUUUGGGUGUUAACGCCCAUCUUACGGGUUGCCGUAGAUUUGUCAGGCUCCCUGGGGUCUGUAACCCACCCCGUACGCCGCGCGGUACCAGACGCAAGCCGCACGUCUGUCCCGUCAGGCCUGUGAGCUCUUUGCAGGGGACCCCUGACCGCGCUGGGGACCCGGUCGUGCAAAGGUGCUGCGACGGAGCGCUGAGACAUCCGCACGGAAAGCAAGGGACAGAACCUCCCCCUGGCCCUCACCGACCAGCACCCGGGCAGCAAAUUUCCCUUUCAGGUUUCAGGCUGACGCUUCGGUAGGCGUCCUCGUUACGGACAGACGAGAGUGGGGAAAGUCUGGGGACAGGAGGUAGACUGAGCGGGGAUGGAUCCCCCGCCAAGGCACAAACACUGUCAGGCGUGGGAAGUGCUGUCCCUUCCCAGCUAACCCUGCCCUCUCUCUCCACAAGAUGCUUCUGGCUCAUUUCUUUUGGCAGAAAAUUCACGUUCUCAUCACCCCUCUCCUCCCCUCGGCCGCGUUCAGCUGCAGCGUCUCUUCUCCGUCACUUCUCCGCUUCUCCCCCCGCCAGCAGGCAGGGGAGGUUCGUUCUCCCACCCGCGCCACGGGGCCGCACGAGACACGGUGGAGACGCUGCUUCGAGAACCAUCGUCUGGAAGGAAGAGGAGGGAGCCCGGGCUGCCGCUGGCCGUGCUGCGAGAAGGAAACGAGGAAGAGGACCCUUCAGCCAGGACGGAGCACCGAAAUGCAGCCCGUGCCCCUGCACAGCCUUUCGGAGCUGGAAAGAGCCAGUCUGCAGGAGCUCGCGCUCUACCAGCUGCAGGAGAAGCUGCCGGUCGGGGACCUCAGCCUGGCCAGAGUGGGACCUAAGGGCAGUAAAUCUAUCCGCCAGAAACUGGAGAGCUUUUCGAAGGAGAAGAAAGACUGCUCGCCUCAGACUUUUGGGAUCCCGCUCUUCCAAGUCAUCGCUAAUGACCGUGCCCACAAGCAGCUGCAGGAGGCAGUGAAGAACAGCCGCCGGCUCUGCCUGGAGGUGGAAGCGACGGUGACGAGAUUUCGGGCUCAGAGGCAGAAGAGGUCCCCGACGGGCAGGAGCUGUGGCCUGGUACCCUGCGGGGUCUUCCCAGAGGAGCCGCUUUCCCCAACUUUUCUCGACAGCAGCUCCUGGAGCCAGCGAAGGGGGGCAAUGUCCGUGGACUCCAUCGCUGACCUCAGUGACAACACUUCCAAGCUGCUGGAGGCACUGCAGUUGUCGCACCCCCACGAGCUGGACCCACGGAGAAGCCUGGGCAAGAAAAAGACGUUGAGCCUCAACCCCAUCACCUGGCAGGUCCCGCGGAUUGUGGACAGAUGCUGCAAGCACAUUGAAACGCACGGUCUCCAAACGGUGGGCAUCUUCCGCGUUGGGAGCUCCAAGAAAAGAGUUCAGCAGCUGAGGGAAGAGUUUGACCGAGGACUGGAUGUUUUCUUGGAUGAGCAUCAAAGCGUUCACGACGUGGCCGCUCUGCUCAAAGAGUUCCUUCGGGACAUGCCGGACUCACUGAUUCCCAGAGAGCUCUACGCAGCCUUCCUCAGCACAGCCUCCAUGGAGGGUCCGGGGCAGCUGGCCGCCCUGCAGCUGCUGCUCUUCCUGCUGCCCCCCUGCCACAGCGACACGUUGCACCGGCUCCUGCGCUUCCUCAGCGAGGUGGCCCGGCACGCCGAGAGCUCCUGGGGCCCCGACGGCCAGGAGAUUCCUGGCAAUAAAAUGACAGUUUCAAACUUGGCCACAAUCUUUGGUCCCAACAUCCUUCAGAAGGAGAAGCCUGGAGAGAAAGACGCUGGUGCCAUGAACUUUGAAGACAGCGCUGCCAUCAUACUGGUGCUCCAGAGGUUGAUUGAGCACUACCAGACCUUGUUCAUGGUCUCUCCAGAAAUGCAACGUGACGUCCUAAGGAGGCUGUUUCAGACAGACCCCGAUGUCAUCGACUACCUGUUGCGCAGGAAGCUCCACGCUGUGCCGAGCACAGAGAGCGAGGAUUCAGCAGCGGAGCGUGCUCCAUCCGCGCUGCCUGGCUGGACCCGCACCCUGGAGAGCAGCUCGGUCUCAUCGGAGUUGUACAGCAACGUCUCAUUCCUAAACCUGGACGUUGACAUCUAGCACGCCCGGUCCGUGCCCUCUGCGCUGCCUUCCGUGGACAAAACCGGGCGACCUUUCCCCAGCAAAAGCAAGUCCUCUAUCCCGCUUGGGAGGAGCGGAGAAGUGACAGGAGUACGAAUGCCUGCGGGAGCAUCUUUGCUACCAGCGGACGUGCCAAAUUGUUCUGGGGUAGGCAGCAGGAGAUGCCUUUGCAGGUUGCCAGCAGAAAGACUUUCACCCGUGGGUUUGUUACUAGAGGGCAACCAAGAAACCCGCCCGCUUGUGCAGUGGCUGCGCACGCGCGGUUGUGUAGGCAGUGGCGUGCCCUGGAGCGAGCCGCACGCCUUGGCGCGUGCUGUAGCCUGCUUGCAGGUCUGAAGCGCUGCGGUGCCCUCCGCACGGCACGGCCUCUGCGGUCUGCUGCUUCACCGGCGUUCGAGGCGCGAGAUUUCCGUCCCCAGAGCUGCGCGUGAGCCCAGGGCCAGCGGCGCUGCGGGCGGGCGCUGCAGGGUGGCUGCGUGGUGUCCCUGCCGGGGGGGGACACGACAACCCCUCCCCUGCCAACGACCACCAGCCCCGCGCGCUGGGCCAGCGAACUGGUGCGGGCUGGGGAGCAGCAGGCAGGUGGGUGCUGCGGGGGAGCAGCGCCGUGCGGACGCAGCCUUCCCUGCGCCCUCGCCGAACGGCUCCAGCCCACGCACCUCGCCCGGUGCACCCCAGGGUGCUGCGGGUGCCUUGGAUACAGCCCGGCUCCGUGGCCCCGUGUGUCAGGGCUCCCCUCCGGACGCCCCGCCGAGGCACGGGGAAAUGCUUGGCGGCUGGGUGUGGAUGCGUGCUCCAGCAAUUCGGGUGUGUUGCUGCGCUCGGGAGCAGGGAGCCCACGGCUCGGCUCGUGCGCCUCGCCGCCGUAACAGUGCCGUGGCUGCGGCCGCACCCAGAGGGUGUUUAGGGAUGCAGGAGCCUUUCCGUGCCCCCGGGCUCAGAGGGAGGAGGUGUUCCACCAGAGCUCAGCUGCGUCCAUGCCCGUCCAUGGUGCUGCGCUGCUCAGGACCGAGCUCUUCUCCCGUAAAGGUCCCUUCCCUGUGGAUGGGAGCAGUCGGGGUGGGUGGAGAAGUGGUUCCCAGGCUGAAGAGAGACGUGUGUGCUGAGAGAUAGCUGGUGAGAGCCCCCCCCCGAACCGAUAAGCCCCAGAGACGAGCAGUGCUGCUGAGUCUGCAGGAGCAGAUAAACUCGGGACACCGCGGGUCUGCUGCGUGUUUCGGAGCCCAGCAGCACGCUCAGCAGCCGGCUGUGCAACCCAGGCCGUGUCCACGGGGGCAGCGGCUGCUCCGUGCGGACAGACGGCAGGAUUAUACCUGCUGCAAGAGCACACCCUCCCAAAUUUCCUACCAGAAGCCCCUGGCAUGUCAGCGUGAGUCUCCUCCGGUUCUCAGUCGACAGCCGGCGUUGGCCCCACGUGGUGCGGGUGACUAGUUAUCUCCUGUCAGUCGGAACAGCUCGAGUCCGUUAACGGUAACGCGUGCACAAGGAAAGCAGCGCCGGUAACCCUUGGCGGUGGAUGUCCCCGCGUCGGGAAGGGGCAAAGCCUCACGUUGGCGGGGGUUGUUACAGGCGGUCACCAAGAAUUUUGAAUCCAAGAAGAAGUCAGUUGGACAAAGGGGCACUCAGAUCAUUUUGCCAACCCCAAAGCUGGACUGAGACAAGCAGGACGGCAGCGCGGGAGGCGGCGCUGAGCGCACCGCGGGGCUGACAGCCACCGGCGGCGGGUGGAGAUGGCACAAACCUCCUCCUGCCACACACCUCUCUCCAAGAGCUAAAUGUGGAGCGAUUACAGCAGAUAACGUGUGAGCUCGAAUGCGAUACCAGCCAAACACCAAACCACGGCGCUUACAGGGAAACAGGCGCCGCGGAGCUACGCCGCGUUUGAGGGCGGGGGAGGCGUGCAGGGCGCGGAUGCUUUUGGGGAUGCUGAAAUGCUGGGCGGCCGUUUGUUUGCUCUGCAAGAGAAGUCCCUUUGCAGUUUGCUUUCCCAACGCCGUAGCACCGGCAGCCGGCCGGGCACCACACCGUCCUUCUCCAUCGCUUCGGGAAACCCACCUGGCAAAGGUGCAGUUUUUUACUCCAGCAAAUGCAGAAAUCACCGCAAUCUCAGGGGCUUUUCUACCAGCACAUCUCGAGGCCUGAAAACUGCUCAGCACCGCUGGGGAUAUUGCUGAGAACUCCGCCUGAGGGCAGCCCAGCACCGCCCGGCGCUGCUCUCUGCUCCGCAGUUGCCUCCUCUGAGCAGUUCACAGAGUUUUUUCUCCCUCAAAAGCGCACCGGCUGUCACCGCCUGGCACGCACAAGUAUUUGCUUAUAACUCGUUUUAUUUCAACCUCACCAGCCCCCACUUUACAAACCGAUCGCAACGCACCGUCAGCCGUGCGGCGUUCGCAUCGCUCUGGACCCGCUCUGACAAAGCCGGUUCGGAUUUGGUGAUGGCUGGGCUGAAUUUGCAAGCCUCUCUGAUUUCACCUUUUGAAACAGUCUGAAAGUUUCUGUCUUGGUGUUUCCAGGUGCCGGCACGCGGGUUGGGGGGCUGCUGGGGUGCUUGCCGGCUGUUGUAGGCACCGACCCCCCAAAAGCAUCUCAGCGCGGGGGGGUUUGGCAGCAGGUACAACAAGGAGCACCUUCCAGAAGCAGGAUCGGUUACUCGGAUUCACAAGCAAGCGAGCGAUUUUAUAGUCGACAGCACAGAAAGCAAAACCUUUUUUCUUUUUUCGUUGGUUUUGGCUUUACCCCCCGCGUCCCUCGGGUACACGCGCGUGUAAACGUAUCGCACGGCACCGUGUAACGCUAUCAACACGAGCUCGCACGGUAAACUGAAAGAACAUAAACGCCUGGAAAUCAGUUCCUCCCCCGUGACGCAAAGCAUCGCUUUAUUCUCGUUCCGGACCCGAGAAAGUGCCCGUGGGUUAAACCCGGGGAAGGGGCUCACCCCCCCCCCCCCGCGGGGCUGCGGCCCCCUGAGGCAGCGCUGGGUCCCAGGGGAGCGGAGGGGAGACCCCAGCACCCUGCCCGGGCACGGAACGGGGGUGCGGGGGGGUGGGGGUGGUGACCCACGGAUGCCGCGGGGACCCCACGGGCGGGGCGGAGCCUCCAGGGUGCUGUGGCCCCGCCCACCGGCUAUAACCGCCGCGCGCGGAGGGACCCG